UAACGCUAACGUUGCAUUUACACUGUGUGUACAGUUUAACACCAUUUUAUUAAGUGUGUUAAACUUCGUUACUUGAUUUCAUCUCGUUAAUCAAGAUAAUUCAAGUCAGUUAACGUUAUUCAAUGGCCUCAUCUGAGAAGGUCUAACGUUAAAAGUUUCCCUCCUAUACCAGUGUUUGUGAUGGGGGUAACGUUACCCUAGGGCUACUUUGAAGUACUGCAGGGUACCGUUUUUUUAAUGUUAAGUUAAUUUAAAAAAAAUAUGAGUCUUGUAACGUUAAAGAUCCAAUCACAAUGUUUGUUUACAAUAACUUCCGAUAAAACUUUCCGUAACGUGAACGUUAGCUACAUUCGGCUUAACGGCGCUGAGCAAACAGGGACGAUCGAGGAACAACUGCACAACGUUAACUUUAAAGAUGAUCAUGAAGGGGCAGAAGCGUAAACACCCACCAGAGGAAGUGGAGGUUUCGGACCCGAGCAGCCCUACCUGGGAGAGCCAGCGCCAGUUUGUGUUCUCCGUUUCCCUGAACAAGUAUCAGCGUGGCCAGGAGCUACCUGAACCCAGCCUGCGCCGGUCUGUUCUGAUAGCCAACACGCUGCGGCAGGUCAGCCGUGAGGCUUGCAGGGCGCCCUCUGUAGACAUGGAGGUGCCACCACCACUUUGUAGCUCUUCAUCUGAACUCCAGGAGAGUACUUUGACUGGAGUCGCUCCAGCAAAACCUCACUCUGCAGCCAUGUUUUCUAACAGCCACUCGGCUCUUGUCAGCUGCCCUGUGGUUUCUUUGAAUAACUUGUCAAAUUGUGCUACAAGUAGGUCUCCUGCAACUUGCCACUUAAGUGCGUUAAAUGGUCCUCUGUCUGUAAAAGACGAAGAUGAGGACUGGGGAUCGAUGUCCACAGAUUCUGAUUUCUCCAUUUCGGCGGCUAUCUCCUCCAUUCUCACUGCACUGGACUCUACCAUUGAUGGGAGCCCACAGGCAGCUCCACGGACACCUCUCAGGUCCUUGGAGAACCUGUCGGGGCCCUCCGAUGGCGGCGUGGCAUGGGGGAAACAGGCGGUCCGAGGUAACGGGGGAAGCUGGGAGCCGCAGGAAGAGUGGAGGGUGCCGGAGAGCAGCGUGGAAGUGAUGAGGUCCAGCUACCUCAGUGAGCUCACUGUGGAGGAUCUGUUCCAGGAUAUAGACACGUCCCUGCUGGAGAGGGACAUGGGAGUGCUUGGGCUCCGAGGCAGUGGAGGGGGAUACCAGGCCGGGGACGAUCUGUUACGGUAUCUGCAGCCUUUCUCCUCCUCCUUCCCCCCCUCAAACCCCUUCUCUCUCUCUCUCAACCAGAAUCUAAAGUGCCUGCCUUCAUUCUCCUCAUUCUGCCCAUUGUCUUCCUCAUCCUCUUCUUCGCCAGCCUUCUCUAGUCCGAAUCUUGUGAGAGAAGGACUCGAGCUGGAGCAUCUGAUGGAGAUCCUGGUUGAGUCCUGAUUGUUUCAACGUCCUCCUACUGUAAGGAAGUAACCUGAACAUUAACACACACAACUUAACUUAAGUUAGUGGACAAAAAAAACCCGGAAUUCUCAUGGAACACGGCUGGAUUGUCAAAACACAUUGAAUAUUCACUUUGUUUGUUUUUAUAUAUUGCUGAAGAAAUAGUGUAUUAUGGGCUUUAGAAAGUAGUAAGAAUGCUCUAGAAAUGUAGAAAUGGUAAGACAGGAAAUGCUCCAUAGGUGGGCGUGCACGUGGAGUAGCUGUGAUGCACGUGGCAGCUUUUUGUGCAACAUGAAGUGUUUCUGUUUCCUGGCAGAAAGGGAGUAAAACUACAUGUAAGCCAGAUAAAGCUGUGUUUUUUGUUUUGUUUUUUUUUUCUUCACAAUGGCUAAGCAAUGAGUCAGUGCAUAAUGAACUGGUGAAAAAGCGGCUUUACUAGGGCUUCGAGUGUGACUCAUCUAGUUGGAACUAGGGACGGGAGGUGUCUGAUUUAGGAAAAACAGGAUUUAUUCAGCAAAUGAGAAGUAGAACAGGUGAUCACCGUCUACGGAGAGAAAAUUACUUCAGCAGUGUUGCCCUGAAAUUUGUCAAAUGCAUCACAGCUUCAAGUAAUCCUACGUUCACAUUGAACAUCCCAGUUUAUCUGGAGUAAGAAGAAGAAAAAAAAGAAAAAAGCAGCAGCCAGUCACGUCCUGGUGCUGAUUCAUGCAGUGGACUGAACGUUUGGCGACUCGUGAGAUAAAUCCCUUCAUCCUGUUGUUACGCCAGCGUAACCCGUUAACGUGCGUUCUGAGAGAACGUGGUUUGGCUGGUGUUUGAAGGACAACGGUUGAACCAAUAUACCUAUUGGUCAAACUUCUGUGAAGCAAUCUUUUAACCUCAUAUUUAUCGAUCAGUUCUAGCAGGGGGGGGUGGUAUCGGGUGCUAAAGGCUCUGACGCACCAACCUGACGGCCGACCCUCGGCAGAAAAGGACCGCCUCCCCGAGUUGGUCAAAAAAAAAAAAGUGCCUCGGAAAACACACCGAA